CCCACAUUAUGGCCACAUUAAAGAAGGUCAUUGAAAUGUCCGUGUGACAGAAGCGUGACAGUGUCCUUUGAGCAGCCGCCGAUGGGGACUGGGGACGUGAGCGACCUGUCACCUGACCGCCCUAAAGGUGCCGAGGGAGGGGGAGUGAAUAAGGGAAACGCAUGCAGAGAAACGCAGCCGCCUUCUGUCUAUUCAGCAACACCGGCCUCUCCGUACAGGAGGGGAAAGCGCCUGUCAUCGCCAGGGAAAAUAUUCAGCCUUUGAAAUAAGAUUCAUCUCACGCCGCCUUUUUGGACCGCAGUCAUAAAUAUACGCUCUUAACAUCCUGGGCUGCAUACAUCGGAUAAAUAUCUUGUUUUUUUCCCAGAUAUCACAAUACAGAUGGGAGAUGAAUGAAUAUGGGUUUUUUUUAAAUGACAGACUUUGCUGCAGCAAAACGUCUGACAUCAGAAGGCGCGUCAAUUUACAUCUUCCGUUUAUUUGUUAAAAGAGAAUUAUUAUUUUAAUAAUUUAUUGUUUUUUUUAACCAAGCCUGAGCGGUUACAUAAGAGGGCACACGCUGAGCCCGGCGCCGGGGUGAUCGACAUAAGAAGAGCGCAGCCUCCCUGAUCCCAGCCCAUGCAGAGGCUCUGCGCAACCGGCCACAACCGAGCAUAUAGCGGCUCCAGCGCAGCCCGUCGCCGCUUCUAAGGUCGUACCCUUGGAUUAUUUUGGGAGGACAGUUUGGAUAUAACACUUUGCGCUGCUUCACAUUAUUAUUUUUUUAAAUUUCGGUGAGAUUUAUUUCUUGAGGUUGGCUUUACCGAAGAAAGAUGUCGGGGCAGACGCUGACCGACCGCAUCGCCGCAGCGCAGUACAGCCUGACCGGAUCGGAGGUGGCCCGGGCUGUCUGCAAGGCCACCACGCAUGAAGUGAUGGGACCCAAGAAGAAGCACCUGGAAUAUCUGAUCCAUGCCACCAACGAGACAAACGUCAACAUCCCCCAGAUGGCAGAGACACUGUUCGAGCGGGCCUGCAACGCCAGCUGGGUGGUGGUGUUCAAGGCCCUAGUUACGACGCAUCACAUAAUGCUGAACGGCAAUGAGAGGUUCAUCCAGUACCUGGCAUCAAGAGGGGCUCUCUUCAACGUCAGUAAUUUUGUUGAUAAAACAGGCGCUCAGGGUUAUGAUAUGUCCACGUUCAUCAGACGCUACGGCAGAUACCUGAAUGAGAAGGCCUUUGCAUAUCGUCAGAUGGCCUUCGACUUUUCCAGAGUGAAAAAGGGUACGGACGGCGUGAUGAGGACACUGGCUACUGACAAGCUCUUGAAAGGGAUGCCGAUCCUGCAGGGCCAGAUCGAUAUUCUACUGGAGUUUGACGUUCACCCUAAAGAGCUGUCUAAUGGGGUCAUCAAAGCAGCCUUUCUCCUCCUCUUCAAGGACCUGGUUAAGUUAUUUGCUUGCUACAAUGAUGGAAUCAUUAAUUUAUUGGAGAAAUAUUUUAAAAUGAAGAAGGCAGAAUGCAAGGACGGACUGGAAAUAUACAAGAGGUUCUUAACCCGAAUGACCCGGAUCUCAGAGUUCUUCAAGCUGGCUGAGCAAGUUGGGGUCGACCAAAACGACGUUCCUGACCUCAGUUAUGCUCCCAGCAGCGUCCUGGAGUCCUUAGAGGCACAUCUGAAUGCGCUGGAGGCAAAGAAAGGAUCACCUACCAAGGAUUCCCCUACCAACAAUGGACAUCCAGCCUCAGCUGCCGACAGCGCCGCUGCUGACGAUACAGCCACCAGCCAACCUGCUGCAAGUUCCAAUGACCUGCUAGGUCUGGACCUGCUCGCUGAGCCCUCCCAGCCACCAGAGGCAGCUCCGGCAUCUGCAACAGCUGCAUCAUCCUGGGGAGAUCUGCUCGCGGAGGAGUGCUUAGUUGCGCCAGCUGUUGCCGUUAGCUCUGCCGAACCCUCUGCCACCGUAGACUCUGCCCCCACCGCUGCCGAGGCGACCCCCACGGCCACGGCGGGUGACGCUGCCCCUCCCCCUCCUGGAGCUGCGGCCUCCGGUUCCACUGAAAUGGACCUCUUCGGAGAUGCAUUUGCAGCCCCAUCUGGUGGUGGUGUGGUGGCUGGCGAGGCAGGGAUAGCCCCGCCCACGCCGGCAGCUGACGCGGCUGCUGGAUCUGACCCCUUUGCAGCAUCCAUGGUUAGUGCAGAAGCUGCCCCUGAGGUGGAUCUCUUUGCUAUGAAGCCCGCAGAGACCGCCCCCACUUCAGUAGCACCCCCUGCUGCCCCUGCAGCCGCCUCUGCAGCCCCUGGGCUUGACCUCUUUGGUGAUGCCUUCUCCGCCUCUGCACCUGCAGCUGCUGCAGUGACUCCAGCCAAAACUGAGGCAGAAUCCAUCUUAGACCUGUUUGGUGAUCCCUUUGGUGGAUCCACCACUGAGUCCCAACAAGCUGCUGCUCCUGCGGCUGGCAGUGACCUUCUGGCUGGUUUCAUGAGCGCUAGCCCAGCUACGGCUGCAGUGACAGCAGCAAUAACCAACACGCAACCUGCUUUGAACAUGGGCUUUGGAUCUGCUCCAGCCGCAGGAGCGCCCUCCGGUGGCCUGGAUGCCUCAGUCUUUGAUGGAUUAGGGAACAUGCUCGCUCCCGCCUUGACCCCUCAGGGCUCCGGGGCUCCCCUAGUGGCUGGAGGAGGGAUGGCAGCUGCGACUUCUGCAAAACCCAUCAGUGGUGACCUGGACUCUUCCUUGGCAAACCUAGUGGGCAAUCUGGGGAUGACGUCUCAAUCUAACAUGCAGUGGAAUGAGAAGAAGAUGACAGGAGGGGCAGCCUGGCAACCUCAGCCUGGCCCCUCCCCCGGGGUUCAAGGGGGCAUUCCACCAAUGGGAAUGAUGGGCACACCCAUGGGGGUACAGCCUGGAUUUGGAAUGGCUCCUUCAGGACCCAUGAUGCCUCAGAUGUUCCCCCAGCAGCAGCCAAUGAUGAGACCACCAUUUGCUGGGCCGGGUGCCCCUGGAAUGGGUCCAGCUGGAGCAGCGAUGUCCCCUGGGAUUCCCCAGAGCCCCAGAAAGCCACCCCCUCCCAAGGACCCCUUGGCAGACCUAGACCUUAAAGAUUUCAUGUAAAAGCUGGUGGCUGUCUGAGUGACGGGACCCAUCAAGCUGUCCGGGCUGUACCCAAUGCAGCGCUGGCACUCCACAGUCUCCCGUCUGGUCCAAAUACAGCAUUUGCAGUUCGGCCCGAUGUUGCAAGGCACUGUGAAAAUCAGUUGUGGGGAAAUUUCCGCUCCUUUGGACAUUAUCCUUUACCUAAACACAGUAACUGGCAAUGCGGUGUACUUUUGAUGUUUACCAUGUUGAUAAGUAGCUAUCAUAAGGGAUGUGUGUUGAUCUGUUUCCAUGACCCGCUGCCCCCAAGAUGACGCUAGUGUGAGCUUCCUGUUGUGAACUGUUAAUGUUUGUGUGCACAGCUCCCAUGCGCCGAUACCAGUAGCUUUCCUGUUCCUCUUCGAAAACGUAUCGAUGUGAAGCAAAAAUAGUCACAUGACCCUAAACAUAUUUGUAGCCAUAGUGUUGGAUGUGGCAUCAGUAUUUUCUCACUUCUGAAAUGCUCUGGGUUGGGUGUUUUGCCCUUUUCUGGUAGUGCCGUGUGCUUCACCUUAGCUGUCUUGUAUAAUUAACCUGGUUGCUCGUAUCUGUUUCAUUGAUCGUCAGUAGCGGGUAUUCUGACAAAUUGUACCAUAUCCUCUGUAUCUUCUAAAAUGGAUUGUAAUUUAACUAUUUUCAAAUAUGAAAUGCGCUUCAUUUGAGUGGGAUGGUGUUCUGCCAUGUGAGCUAAGCCCAGGCACAGCAAGAAACAGACAGGCGCCUGUCUUUGAGAAGGAAUAAAGCACGUUUACGUUCCCGUCUGCCCUGCAGCCUUCCGGCUGUCAUAGCAAACUGGUUACCAGCACUGUACUUUUGUUGUUAAACUGGUUAUUAAACUCUAAGUAACUCUCCUUCUAUUGCACAUAUGCAAAUAUAAUUUCAGCCCCUUCUGGAUACACAUACACGUGUAUCUUUAAGGUCUAUAUAUAUAUAUAUAUAUAUAUAUA